CUACUGUUGUCUUUAGGUUAGCUAUGCUACAAUCUUUACUGUACCCAGCGCUAGCUAUAUGCGCUCCGCACCGCACCACUCUGGAUAUCUGGGAAUAAUCAACUUCCAGCCUGUCGCACCCCGCAACUACACACCGCUCACAGAGACCAGAGAAGUAUAUCCCAAGUGCUGCUGGUUUAACUGACAUUUAAUAAGAGGACCGACGAAAAGAGAGGAAGAGAAGGACAGACCGUGUUUGGAGGAGGAGGUGGAAGCUUAAAUCGGAGACCCGGCCACUCUGGUGAAGCCCCUCCCCUUAGAGGAAGUGCACUUGAGCCCCGCUGCUGUCUGUGAUGCCCUCCCAUGACGCCCAGGCUGGGAGCUGACACUGCCGGUGAGCGGGAGACGCCACUGCACAGCCGGUCCUGGGCCCGUUCCAUCAGCUGGUUUUCACCCUCUCUCUUGCACGCUGGAGACUACUCCUUCACCCACCAACUGGUAUCCACAAUCAUCAGCUACUAUCCACUUCAGUAAGGGUCGCUUAAAAAGACCCGACAAUCCGCUAAGCUUGGUUACCAGCACUAUCAGCCAAAAUCCACAGUCUCUUCAACACAAUCAGCAGCACCAGCACAGCUAUUACCACCAACACCAGCAGCAACAGCCAUCAUGUCCAGCCGUAGAAAGUCCUCCACACCUUGCAUGGUCCGAGUCAUAAGCGACCUGCCCGAUGAGCUAGAAGAUCCAGAAGACGUGAUGAUGAAUAUGGAAAAACUGUCUGCCAACGUCAUGACGGGAAAUGGACAGUCAGAACUAUCAGAAACCAAUGCAAAGCAGGAUCCACAGCAGAAGAAUACAGAGAACCCUGACAAGGGGACAUUUUCAAAGCAAGUGGAAACACAAAACCUUGAGCCAUUAGUACAAGAGCUGGAGUCCGAUAAAGGAGAUCAAACUCAUGUCAUGGAAAAUGUAGACAUAAGUGAACUGAAAGACAAAGAAACUGAAUCUGAACAGGUGUCAGAGAAAAAGCAGCCUAGAGGGUACAAAUGCAAAUACUGUCCGUUUUUGACGCAGAAUCUGAGUGACUUUAAGGAACAUGUAGACUCCAGUCACCCUAACGUCAUUCUGAAUCCACUGUAUCUCUGUGCUGUGUGCAACUUCAACACCAAGAAGUUUGACUCACUCACGGAGCAUAAUGAAAGCCAGCACCCAGGUGAGACAAACUUCAAGUUUAAAAGGAUACAAAGGAACAAUCAGACUAUCUUAGAACAGACAAUCGAAGGCAAAGACAAUUCAGCUGAAUGCAAAAUGACAGAUGAGCAAGGUGAAGGCAACAGUAUUUCCAUGUUUCCACCUUGUAUAUCUACAACAGUAAAAACACCCUGUAACAUGCAAUCCCUCUUUGGAGGAGCAGACCUUCAAAGCCAACUGGAUGGUUUGAUCCAGAAGGAUCAGAUCACAGCAUUAAACAUCAAUGGAACAGUUAUCAUACCUGAACCCACCAUGCUUCAAGGGCUUUCUCAUGUCACCCCAAUGCUUAAGCGCCCACCCAACUUUAACUCUGUACCAAAAAUAGCUGUUCCUUUGAACACCACCAAAUACAACCCUUCCUUAGACGACAAUUUGACAUUGAUCUCAUCCUUUAACAAGUUUCCUUACCCAACUCAUGCCGAGCUGUCAUGGCUCACGGCUGCCUCCAAGCAUCCGGAGGAGCAGAUCAAAGUCUGGUUCACCACCCAGCGGCUGAAGCAAGGGAUCACCUGGUCCCCAGAAGAGGUGGAGGAAGCCAGAAAGAAAAUGUUCAAUGGUUCUAUUCCUCCUGCCCAUCACACAUUUACCAGCCCUAUAUCUCAUCCCUCUGCCAAAUUGUCCAAGCAGCCUAUUGUUCACACAACUGUCGAGCACCCAGGUCAGGUGCGGACAACUGUGUCCAGUGAAUUAAGUAUUGUCUCAUCCACAAAUUCUUCUGCAGGGGUAACGAUAGGUUCCAGCCACAAUCUUAAACGAUCCCUGACCACACAUCUAGCGUCACAAAUUGGUCCUGAGGCAAAGCGACCUAUCAUGGCGGUGGCCCCUCAUUCUGGUGACCCUAAAGACAAGCUUCUUAUGGCUCCUCCACCACCACCUCCACCCCAGAAAGACCGACUACCAAUGGCUCCACCACCAAUUCCUAUGGAAAUGAAAAGACCUGGAGCAGCUCCGCUAGUCAAUGCAGAAAUGAAGAGGCCAUCUUUUCCUGUGCCUUCAAUGCUGCCACCAUCUUCAUCGUCAUCACUAUUAUCGUCCUCCAAAGGGAAGUUUCUCUCUGCAACUGGAAAUUCCAAGACAAAGCCAGUGGUCUCUUUGCCCUCCAUGGUAUUUCCAGAGUCCUUAACAAGGCCUAUGAUAGCUCCUCCGCCUAUAUAUGCCCCACCAUUUAAAAACUGUUUGCUAAUCCCUCGAACUACAACCAUUAGUCCCAAAGAAAAGCAUGCUAAUACUCAACCGUUGCCUGAUUUGAACCUGCCAAACUCUCCUCCAUCUAUAAACUCUCACAUAAGGCGACCAACCAUCAUCCAGUCUGUUCGCACUCCAGCUAAAAUCCCUUCGCAAAUUCAGGGGUUCCCUCUGGAGGGCAAGAAACUAAAGGAGCAUCAGAGUUUAGAGAUUAAUUCUGGCUACCCCAGAGGAGAUAAACUUGUCAGUCCUCUGACAGAGGCUAAUGGAACAUCCCGUUUGGAUGGUAAAUUGUUCACCGAUCAGACGUGCCCUACUCACAAUAACGGAAUCAUACAUUUGGACGGUGGCGAUGCUUCAACACCACAAAAACAAGAUUUUAAUCCAAAGUCCUCCGUGAUGACUCAGUUCCCUUUGCUGGAAAGGAUGAAAGGAAAAACAGCAAAACAACUGAAGGUCUUGGAGGAGAAUUUCUUGAGGAACAGCUUUCCCACUCAUAGCGAUGUGGACAAUCUUGCAGCCACAACCCGCCUGUCUCAUCAGGAAAUUGACAGCUGGUUUGUGGAGCGCCGUGCACUACGAGACAACCUGGAACAAGCCCUUCUGAACUCCAUGGGCACCAAGAAAUUGAGUGGUACUCCUGGCAUAGGGGAGAAACAGUUACAUCCACAACAGCAUCAAACUCUACAGCUGAAUGGGGUCCACAAAACAAACACUAAUGUGGUCAAUCUUAAGAGCCCUCCUUUACCUUUACAUGCCCUCUCCAUUGCUUCUUCCAUCCCUAACUUAAAUACCUGCUCAGUGCCUCCAGACAGCCGAUCACUGGCACUCCUCAAGGACGAUUUUGCUCAAACACGGUGGCCUUCCCCUGAGGAGUUACACCAGCUGGAAGGUCGAAAAGGACUUGCUCGCUCCGAGCUCGCUCGUUGGUUCACUGACACUCGGCUGCAGAGUAUGGAACUGACAGAACUCUUUCACAACAAUGGAAUAAAUGGAGGGCAGGGGCAGUCUGUGUGUUCCCCUGAGAAAACUUCAUCCAGCAUCAUCCAGCGUUGUCAGGAAGGAGCCGUAGCAAACAACAACAAAGUGCUGGAGCUGGAGCUUGGAUGGCUGUUGAACCAGCGUUCCAACAGUCUCAACAAUCAGCAGCACACUGAGCUCCAAGACCAGUUUGCUGGCAGACUGAGGCAGCAGAGUAUGGCUGAAAUGAAGAAUGGGGCCCACAACGGGGGAGUCAUGGGAGGAGCACGGGAGGUGUUCGGGAGCUGGCUGGAGGACGGACCUUUGAGGAGGGGACGGGAGCUGCUCCUGGACCGAGAGAGGAAGAUGGCGGAAGAGACAUCCGGGCGGCUUACAGGAUAAAGAUUUGCCGCCCUCACUGCUGCUGGAAACAUACAGGAAGAAAGAAUCUGAAGAAUGGAGAGACAAAAGUUUUUUUAUUUUAUUUUCUUUUAGUUAACAGAUAUUGUACUGUAUUAUUAUUUUUUAAAACCAAUUCUUAUCUCUUGAUUGUCGCAUCCAAGGUUACGCACAACAUCUUCCUCCAUCCGGUUUGAGGCAGUGUCGUCCAUGUUUUCCUGCUGAAGUGACCCCAGGAUGGGAAUGAUUUUUGAGUUUAAAUAAGAGUGGGCUUUUGAGGCGGCCGGUUUUAUUAGGGGACAUGAGCAAGCAUGUACCCAUACCAAAAUCUGAAGAGCUCAAAUAGAAAUUCAGGGUCACAAUCUGUGAAAGUAAUUGAAAAAUCCCUCGUUUUUAAUAGAGUUCAUAUUUAUGCUUCCAGCUUUCACAGUGAAGUGGGUUUAAUAAAAGUAAUAUACAAACAAAACAGAAAGGCAUUUAAGCUAAUUUGCAAAAAACGAGUUUCAGCGCACAAAUGUAAAAAUCCUGUCUAUACAAUCAGUUUUACCAAAUUAAAGGCAUGGCAGGGGGAGGCAGAAGCACUAUUUUAUCAACAUAUGUCUAAGGUUUUUCAUAAAGUCUAACUAUGUAUAAACCGGUUUGCUUUUUUGUUUUUUAGGUUUGCCAAGGUUUUAAGCAAUUUUGGUUGCAAAACCUCUGUUGCUACUUUUUAAAGUGCUUUUAAUGGUUUGCCAGAAGAAGUGCCUGAAUGACAAAAUUUCUUUCUCUCCACCAUUUCUUCACACUGCCUGUCAGCUGGCUGAAAGAAGGCUACCAAAAAUAAUGUUUGAAAAUGUUUCCUGUCAAAAAACAAAACACAUUGUGGAGUGCCGCCCAUCACUUCUUUUAAAUUAAUGUAGUUUAAACCUGAAGUAAAUAUGGGGAGCAGUUAACUCCAGGCUGCUAGCUCCAGAAAUUAUGAAGCUAAGAUCAGUUUUGCAGACUCUCACUUUUACUCAGUAACAAAAUCUAAAAAGGUAUUAAAACAAAUUGUGCAACGAAGACUUGAAACGUAAUAAUAGCUUUAACUGUUAAUUCAAUCAAAAAUUCAAAGUCAAAAUAAGAUUAAAGAUAAUUUAUCAAAACUAAAUUGAGAAAUGACAGAUUGACAGGUAUCUUUUUAAGUCUUUUUUAAGAAUACGUCUUAUAGGUAAUACUUCCAAAUAAGCAACCACCUUUUUUCUGACCAGUAAGAUUCAUUGCUUUAUUUCAGAUUAGAAACUCUAAAUUUCAUGCUUCUUUUUCUUUAAGAAGCAUCACCUUUUGUAUCCGAAGGUGUUUUCUAACAAGGCACCCUGAUGCACGAAAAAUGGUGCAUUUUGUAUGACAAUUUCCUAUUUGCACACAAAAAGAUUUUUCUCAUCAAACUGUCAGAUUUAAAGUGGUUAAAUUGAAACUUGACAUUUGAAAUAUGAGGUUAAAAUGCAAAACUUCAGAUUCAUUCAGUAACUCAUUUUUCUUUAGUAGAGGAUUUAAAUUGUUCUAAACAAUCACCUAAAGGAAGCUUUUAAUUGUUUUGGGUUUUUUUUUUUUUUACUUCCUGACUUGUUUGUUUACGGUCUAACCAGUGCAUGUAUAAGUAGACUACGUUAAUGAUCCGUGAUUUGCUCUAAGCCCCUUAAAAGCCUCUUGAAUAACAGAACCCUUCCACGAAGUGAGCCUGUAGGAAGCAGAUUAGAGCCGGCGGUUGAACUCGACCGAUGGGCGGGCAGAGUGAAGGCUGAGGUGAUGUUGUGCGUGACCUGCGUUGCUUUGGAGAUGUGAGGAUGAUGAGGAGGAAGGUGAACCAGAGCACUGAAUGUGUGCCUGCAGCAACAGUUUGACUGUACACACCAACCGACAGAUCGACGGAUCGACCGACGGAUCGUCAGACAGGUUGGAUCUGAAACAAACAAACAAACAUGGAAAAAAAAAAAGACAGACAAAACAAAAUCGCCGUGUGCCAAAGCUGGGAUCUGCUGCAUUCUCACUACACUUUUGAAAAAAUAAAAGGGUUCUUCUUCUUCUUGUCAUUGUAAAUAGGAUAUAUUUGUUUGUUUGUUUUUUUUUUCCUGUACUGAUAGAUUUGUAAAAUUUGCGGACAAAUUUUGUUACAUUUUGUAAAAUGGGAGCAAUUCGUCCCCCCCGACAGCCCUCCUUUUUGCUUUUUCUUCAUUUUUUAAACCCCUCUUACUUUCAACCCUUUUACGAUUUCUUUUUGUUUGUUUGUUUGUUUGUUUGUUUAUUUGUGAUGACGGACUUUUAAACAAACAUGGUGCCAGCAGUGCGUGUGUGUGUGUGUACAACUUUCUUUUUUUUCUGUUCCCAUCUCUCUCUCCUUCUCCUCUUUUUGUCCUGAACCAGAGUGGAACCACUACAAAAAAACUGAAAAAAAGAAAAAGACAGACCAGUUGGCAAUACUUCAGUCACUACUUCUUCGUCUGACCGGCACUGGACUUCUGCCCGCCACUUCCCCGCUGAGAGGAGGAGGAGGAGGACGAGGAGGGAGGAAGGGGGCAAAAGGGGGGACUUCGCUUCACAUCAAAUCAGAUUUUAGAAAAACAAAAACACAAAAAAGCACCUUUAUAACCUUUAUUUCUGUCUUUUUUUAAACUGUGCUGAAGUGAAGUCAAGUGCUAUUAUUAUAUUAUUACUAUUGUUAAUAUUAUUAUUGUAGCCACUCUGUCUGGAAUCCUUUUUUUUUUUUUUGGAGAAAAGCUAAGAAAAAAAAACAGGAAAAAAAAUCAAAAGCAAACUUAAGCCAAUCUGCACAUCUUAUGCUUGUAUGACCAAGUGACUGUCGUGGAUCUUUGUUUUAAACUGAUAAGGAACAAACGACUACAUAAAAACAAUGAAAAAAAAAACAACUUAAGAAGCUGUCAUAAUGGUGGCAAAUGCAGAAGGAUUUAAUGGUAACGAUCAUGCAAUCUACAAACUCAACAGCAAAUACACACAAUUCAGAAUCAUCAUGCUGCCUGAAUCAUACUUUAUUCUAUCUGUCUUUCCUUCUUUCUUCCUCUUCAAUCUAUUUUAGUCCAUUUUUUCCUUUCUUCUCUUCUUUCCCUUUCUUAUGUUUAUUUCCUCUCCUUUUGGCGUCCUCCACACAUCAUGAACACCUGUGAUUAAUGAAAAUAAUAAAAAAAAGAUAAAUAGCCUUUUAUUCGAUACAUUACUACAUGUUGGCUCGGUAGGCUUAGUUGAAACUAGUUCCAUUCCAACAAAAAUAAGCAUAAUAGCAAAAUCAAAAAUAUGAGCUUCUUUAUGUAUUGCUUCUGCCGCUGUAGUGUUCUGGUCAGAGUUAAUGAUGAAAAGACUACAUAUAUCUGAAAUACUGUAUUUACCAAUGCAAACCAGGGCUGGCCUCAGCAGAACAAUGAUGGGGGGGGGGGGGGGGAGUGAUUUUCAAAUCCGUCCAGUUGCAGUGUUGAGGUUUUGUGCAAAGCUCUGUCUGCUUGUAUGAGUUGAUAAAGGUGCAUUUUUUUUAUUGCUUUGUAGAUUGAAAAAGAAAAAAAAUCUCCUGCAUCACCACAGCUGUCCUUUGCUGCGCUGCUCAAAGUCCUUGUGCAAAAGGAUGGCAGCACUGCAGAGAGCCUCCAGGUGGAUGUGCCGCCUUAGAAAGCUAACUAAGAGAGUUUUAUUUUUGCAAGCGCAUAGUUUUGAGUAUUUUUCUGAUUAAUGAUUGAAUGUAUUUGCUUUGAGGAGUUAUGUAAAUGUUGUGAAUGUGGGCACAGUACAACUCAAAGAAGGAACUGGUGAGAUGUCCUCUCUCAUGCUGAACAAAGUGAAAAUACAAAAACAACAAAGCACUUACUAUCUUCAAUUACAUCACCACUCCUUUUACAUAUAAAUUUGCACAACAAGAAAAAAUUUGCACUCACAUAAAAUCCAACAUGUCUUCCUACCACUGUACCACAAUUCUUUUAAAUAUAAGUGUAAACCGCUCCACAACAGAGGCUUGGUCUUCUCAUAUCCAUUAAUUGAAAGUUGUUACUUACAAAUUUUGAAAUGCAAAGCUUAACCAUAGGGUUUUGUCAUGUGCAAAAGAAGUGAAAUGACACAGGGAAUAAGUAUUGAACAUUUAUUUAUUCACAAAGUAUUUAUUUUUGUUAAGGAACACUUAAGUGUUUUCUCUAUGGUGGAACUAGUCUCUAAAGCAUUGCUAAAGUGAUAUUUUGUUUUGUUCAACAGAAACUAAAAUCAGACUUUGUUGGUCCUUGGGUUCUCCUCUGUGUUCACUGAUAUUCAAUUCUGUCUAUACAUGAGAAUGUUUUCAUAGAGCAUUUCAUAAUAAAUACCUAGGCGUAACGGUACUUGACACGCUAUUAGCUUGCGUUUAGAAAGCAGCCAAUCAAACGGUGCCAUUUGUUUUGCUUGGCACUGACUGGCUGUAACCCAGCAAAACUGUAGAUACGUGGUGUGGUGCUAAAACAGUUUCCACUUUGCAUGGUAAUGCAUAUCAAGAUAUGUUGAACUAUAUUUAUAUUGUUAAAAUAAGCACCUUUAAUGGUCUUUGCUCGUUUAGCUAUUUAUGAGCAGAUUGCUUGGGCCAUUCAAGCAACUAUAUUUUCUUUGAAACCAGACAAGGAUUUCUUUGGCUGUGUGUGAAUGCUAAUUGCUAAUUCGUUUCAACUUUGGAUUAUUAUCAACUAUUUUUCUCAAUCUUUUCUUCAGUUAUAUAAAUCUGCAAAGGAUAUUUUCUGAAAAUCAGCACAUUCAAGCUUCCGUCAGAUGUAAUGUUUUGUUGUGUUUUGGAGGUGGUGUUCAGUACUAUUGCUGUUUAAAACAUGGUGUGUGCAAUCACAAUGAAGGAGAUACAGUAAUAGACUGCAUUCUCCUGAUAUUCAUUUGGCUUUUCCAAAUGUUCUGCAGCAAAGUUUAAAUAAGAUUUAAUACGCCUUUUCUUCAGCAGUGGAGUCUUGCGCAGUGAGCAACCAUGGAAGCCAUUGUGGUUUUCAUGGAAAGCUGUCCCUACUAAUUCCAGAUCUUUCUAAAGCUCUCUCCAAAUGGCUUAGUUUUUGGAAAGCUUUUCUGAAACACUUCAAGAGGAGCACCUGGUUGUAGCUGGUUUACUUUAAGUUUAGAAUUAUGACCCAGGUGUUUCCCAGUGGAACAAUCAAAUGUGUUCACAACCGCUACCAGCAGUUUAUUUUGCAACUCUUGGAAGAACUCUGACCCAUUAUGAAAUGCUUCGGAUGCAAUUCCUUGGUAAUGAGCAUUUAGUAGGCCAUCAGUUAGAACCACCUGAUAUUAAUCAUUUCUGAUAGGAGGGGAAGUUAUUUUCUAAAUACUAAGAGAUUUAAUCUGGGUUUUAUUGGCUUUUGGCUUUUUGCAGCUUUUUUUUCAUGAUGUGUUUAAUGUCUAUUCCCUGAAUCAUUCCAGUUAACUGCACAAAAUUUAUCGGCUUGUUUUGAAUUCUGAGUAUGCGUUGAUUACUUAUGUUAUCAGCAUCUGGUGGAGAUUUAAUAUUAAAAGCCUCCAUAGAAAUGUAUUUACUGAAAAAAGGUUGUAUUAUGACCCUUUUUUUGUUAUUCUUGCAGCUAAACUCUUUGCCUGAUCCAUUUUCUGUUGAGAACAAAAUGUGUAAUUAGAUGCAUUCGUAGCCUUAAGCUUCAUUUAGAAACAAAAUUUGUGGUGUUUUGACAUUUUGUUGGAUAUUACAUGUAAACUAAGAGAAGAAGGAAAAUUUAGCAAAGCAGUAAAAGCUAAAAUUUCUUAUUGUCUUCAUUUUAGUUGCACCACAAGCUGAUUUCCACUUGAUUAUUGUGAGAUACGAGACAAUCAAAAUUUGCACUAAUUUGCACCAAAUUUAAAUCCCUUUCUUGCAAGUAAACAAGUGGGACAUUUUUUCCAAAAUAUCACCAGCCUAAAAGUGUCUUAAAAGCGGUUUGUGUGUAAAAUAAAAGUAAAAAACCAACAUACAACCCAAUAUUUUUUUUUUUAUCUUUAGAAAAAUCUCUCAUUCAACCUAAGCAAAUAUCACAUAAAUCUUUCAUGUGCAUCUGAGAGGAUGACUCCUGGUUUCUUUUUCUGGGGGGGAAAGAUGUGCUAUAAAUGUAUUUUUAUUUUUUUCAGGGCCGUGGGGUUUGGGGGGGUGUUGAGGCCAGCCCUGCUUCAUAACAGAGAUUCUGCUUCUUCUACUACUGCUACUAUCAAACAAACAACCCUGGACACGAAAACAAGUCUGGACACUGUUCCAAAUCUCCUAUACGAGGCGUGUGAAGUUUUUUUUAGCUUUGCACGCCGCACCAGCAACUUUGCACUGAAAACCCAAAUUGAUGUGGAGCACCAGCUUGUUUUAUGUUUUAGUUCUGAACACUUUUGUUAAGCAGUUUUCGGCCUAAAAGGAUGUAAAGUCGAAUCAGUUUGGGUUGAAUGUGUUUUGUGGAGCUACACUGAUAACAGCCAUGACUAUUUGUUUUUACAUAGUUGGAGCAGUGUUCAAGCUAGGUUUCUGUUGCCCAGGUCAGCAAAACAACAUGUUGAUGUCUGCUGUAUUUCAAUAAAACACAGCCUUUUUCAAAGGGUA